AUGGCUCUCCUCGCCUUCACCAAUGGCACUUGUGUGACCAUGUCGAUGGUUGCUGGGCCUGGUCGAAUAUCUGGUGACAAAGCGGAACAAGAAGUUGCUGGUUACACAAUGUCGUUCGGUAUUGUGAGUGGUAUUCUCUUUGGAAGUGUUUUCGGACUUCUAACAAAUGUUGGUUUAGACCAGUAG